UGGAUUGUGGGAGGAAAGAAACUAAAAAGCUGCGGAAAAAGUGGGAGCGUUGUAGGAAAAAAAAAACAUGGGGAAAAGUGGAAAUCACUGGAGCUGCUGAACCUCUGAGCGAGCGCGCUUCUUCUUCUCCAGAACAUCUGAGGAACUUCAGCCACGUUCUGGACCUCCAAAACUUCAGGAUGAGGGUGUGUGUGUGAAACGCUGAGGAUCCAAUCGAGUGUGUGUGAAGAAAUAAUCCAGCAUGGAGCAGGACGACUUUCCUCCUCCUCCUCCUCCUCCUCCUCCUGAUGACGAGGAAGAAGAAGGUGAGCGUUUCGAGUUUGAUGACGAAGCCCCCGAGGCCGAGCAUCCUACUUCCUUCCCUCCUGCUCCCCAUUAUGCCUCUUCAUGCUGCCCAGUUCUGGAGAACGCCGAGGCCGACCUCCCACCUCCUCCACCGCAGAUCUGCUCUUCUGCUCCACACGUUGCCUUUCCUCCACCUCCUGAAGAGGAUCAGAGCCAGGACUGGGCGGAUAAGGAGCUUCCUCCACCUCCAGACAGCGCGGAUUUACAAGGUAGUAGGAAUGGAAAUCCCGGAUCACAACCCAAAGUCAACCCGUACUCAGUGAUCGACAUUUCCCCGGAAAGCCCGCCUCUGUUUUCUUCCCCAGCCAAUGGGAAUGAAGAUGAUGGCCAGGAAGUACCCAGUAGCCCCGUUGUGCCCUCUGGAUACUCGGUGCCCGUGCCCUGCGGCUACGCCACGCCCUCCAACGUCCCCAUCAUUACCCCCACCUACACCACACCCGUCAUCAUCAGGCACUUCUCAGUGGACGAAGAAGUGACCAUCAUGGGGGCAGGGCAUACUCUUAGUGAUGGGGUCUUCACAGAAGAAUAUCCAGCCAUAAGGGAGGAAGACGCUCUGGCUAAGUGGGCUGCGGACCCUGCUAACACGGCCUGGAUGGAGAAUCCAGAUGAAGUUAUUUAUGACGACGUUCCAAGAGAGAAUUCAGGAUCCACUACAGACGUGGAUGAGAUGAUCUAUGAUGACGUGGAACUGGGUGAGGAGGGAGGCAGCAGCUCCGUGGAAAACGGAUGGAGCUCCAGCGAGUUCGAGAGCUACGACGAGGAGAGCGAUGGAGAGAGUGGGCAUGGAGAGAACGGCCUCCUCCCUAACGCCUUCAUCCGCCGACACACACCCGGCACCAAAACACAUCUCUCUCAAGAUCUGACACGCUUGAAAGAGCACUAUGAGCGAAAGGUGAAAGAUCUCAUGGCGAAUGCGGUUGGCACGGUCGAGCUGCAGCAGCUCAGACACAAACAUGAGCAGAAGAUGCAGAAGCUGGUGAAGGCAGCGAAGCAUGGCACCAAAGACGGCCUGGAGAAAACCAAAGCAGCAGUGAAGAAGGGAAAGUCCUUCAUUCGGACCAAAUCAUUUGGCCACGAAAGGAAGGCAUCAUGUUUUGAUGAGGAGCCAUCUGAGCUUUUCAUCGAGGUGGAGUGUUUAAACGUGGAGCCUGUGUUAGGGCCUGCACCUGAGGGGCUUUCUGAACAGCAGGUGGUGAGGAGAAGGAUUCUGCAGUCGAUAUUGGAAAGUGAGAAGAAUUAUUUAGACUCACUGAAGAGAAUAUUAGAGUUCUACGAGAAGCCGCUGCAGGAGCUCGAUCCUCGGCUGCUGAGCGACAGGAAGUGUAAGGUGGUGUUUUACCGUGUCAGGGAGAUCCUGCAGUGCCACGCCAUGUUCCAGAUCGCCCUGGCCAGCCGGGUGGCAGACUGGGAUCAGCUCCAGACCAUCGGGGACGUCUUCGUCGCCUCCUUCUCCAAAUCCAUGGUCCGGGAUGCGUACAGCGAGUAUGUGAAUAACUUCAGUACGGCGAUGGCGGUGCUCAGGAAGGCCUGUGUGUCCAAACCCUGCUUCCUCGACUUCCUCAAGCAACGUCAGGAGUGCAGUCGGGAUCACGUCACACUCUACGGCCUCAUGAUGAAACCCAUCCAGAGGUUCCCACAGUUCAUUCUGCUCCUGCAGGACAUGCUGAAGAACACCCCUGUGGGUCACGCUGACCGCUUGCCCCUACAGAUGGCCCUGACUGAGUUGGAGACUCUCUCUGAGAAGCUGAACGAGAGGAAGAGAGAAGCAGAUCAGCGAUGUGAGAUCCGACACAUCGCCAAGGCCAUGAACGAGCGUUACCUCAACAAGCUCCUGAGUGCAGGCAGCAGGUAUCUGAUCCGCUCCGACGACGUGGUGGAGACGGUGUACAACGAGCGAGGAGAAAUAAUCAAAACCAAAGAGAGACGUCUUUUCCUGCUCAAUGAUGUGCUAAUGUGUGCCACACCCAACCUGCGAUCUUCUCAGGACAGUGGAGGUGCCGCCGUUCCUUCAGGCCAGCGUUUCCUGCUGAAGUGGAGCGUUCCUCUUAGCCUGGUGGACCCGGUCGAGUUUGGUUCCUCGGAGGAGAUCAGAGACUCCGCCCCUUUCCCCGCCCCUCACUCUGGCGAGAAGGUGGUCAUCAAUGCCAAGCCAAAUAAGUUGUACGUGGGUCCGGGACAGCUUUAUCAGGACCUGCAGAAUCUCAUCCAUGACCUCGGGCUCGUCAAUCAAAUCUCCACCAUGAUCAGCAGCCUCAAGGGCAACUACCAGAAUGUGAAUGGGACAGUAGCUCAGGACUGGAUCUCGGGUCUUCAGCACCUUAUCCUAAAGAAAGAGGAGGAGAUUAGAGCUGCUGAUCGCUGCCGCAUCCAACUGCAGUUACCUGGAAAACAAGACAAAUCGGGCAGGCCCACGUUCUUCGCCGCAGUCUUCAACACCAUGAGUCCGUCCAUCAAGCAGGCCUGGAUCAGCAGCCUCCAGAUGGCCAAGCUGGCUCUCGAGGAGAACAAUAUCCAGGGCUGGUUUAUUGCAGAUGAUGAUGGGAAUCAGAUUAAGAAGCAGAAACACCCACUGCUGCUGAAGCACAUGCCUGUGGUCAUGUCCAGACUGCAGGAGUUUAAGGUGGAGUGUGCAGUCCAUAACCCAGAACCCUUAGUUAAUAGCGAGAGCACAGCAGACGUCCCGGCGGUGGGACAUGGCUGUGUUUGGGUGGCCAGCUGCACCAAUCAGAUGGCUCAGAUCGCAGUCGUGGCCAUGCAGAACACCAGCCCGAAGGUGACCGAGUGUUUCAACGUGGAGUCACGGAUCCUCUGCAUGACCUACGUACCUUCGGACGAACCCCUGGAGGACAGAGAGGGUCAGAGCUCAAACACACACACUGUGUGUGUGGGGAUGGAGGAGGGCAGCAUCUCCGUCUACAAGAGCAGCCAGCGAUCCAAGAAGAUCCGACUGCAACACUUCUUCAUGCCGGAUAAAGCCGCUGUGACCUGUUUAGCUUAUAAGAGUUCGUUUCUGUACGCUGGCCUGGUCAGCGGCUCCCUCGCCAUCUACUCACGAGCCCAGGACGGUUCCUGGGAUUCCUCCAGCGUGAGCUUGCUGAAGCUCGGGGUGCUCCCGGUGAAGGCCCUGCUGGCCGUCGGGGAGCGUGUCUGGGCCUCGUCUGGAGGACACGCCUUCAUCAUCGAUGCUCGCUCACACACUGUAGAGCACCAGCUGGAGGUGCAUCAGGAGGAGGGAAUGGUCGUGUCCCAAAUGGUGGUAGCAGGAGUGGGCAUCUGGAUCGCCUUCAGCUCGGGUUCCACACUCCGCCUGUUUCACACUGAGACGCUGGAGCACCUGCAGGACAUCAACAUUGCUACACCUGUCCACAACAUCCUCUCAGGUCAUCAGCGGGUCUCCGUGAGCAGCCUGCUCGUUUGUCACGGCUUACUGCUCGUAGGGACGAAUCUCGGGGUGACGGUUGCCCUGAGCGUCCCUCGGCUGCAGGGCAUCCCCAAAGUCACAGGAAGAGGCAUGGUGUCCUUCCACGCUCAUCACAGCCCUGUGAAGUUCCUCGUCAUGGCGUCUCCUGUACAGAACUCUGUUCCAACCAUCACUCAUUCUCCUAGUCAGCAUGUUCUUCCACCAGAUGAGGAAGAAGUCUCCGGGUCAAGUGCUUCUUUUCCCACAGAGGGAGACCCUGUCGUCCAAUCAGUCCCCAUCAGCCAAGACUCGCUCUCGUCCUCCUGCAGCUCCCUGGAGCACAGCCCGGAGGACGGUGCCAUCUACGACCUCAUAAGUGACCCGGCACACUCUCAGAACACCAAACGAGCACAACGGGCCAAUGUGAGCUCCGUGCUGGUGCUAUCCGGUGGCUCUGGUCACCGGAAAAUCAACAAAAAGAGCAAAGCAGCACGGCAUGAAGAAAACGUGCCCACGGUUAUGGUGUGGCAGAUCCCCGUACUGGAUGUGUGAUACAGAAUAAUGAUGAAGAUGGUGAUGACGAGGAUGAUCAGGAUGACUUUUUCAUGGUCUGAUGUACUCUGGUGUCCUUCCCUGUGAAGCAUUUCCCUCUUCCGUACAGGAUCUCCAGACUCAGCAAGGUGAAAGAAAGGGAAAAGGACAUCUUAAGGACCAGCUGGAGGAUCAGAAUCACGGCUCCUUGUAACACCACGUUGUCCAGUGUUACUCCAGUUCACAUGAGGUUUCUUUAACGCACCGCGUAUUUGAAAUGGCUGUUCAUGGGAAUUUUAAUCACUGCAAUACCACUGAACUUUCAAUCCAGUUAUCAAUGUGUGAAUCCUGUUUCUUUUCCUCUUUAUCUGCUGUUAAAAUAUACCGAAAACACGUUUUUAUGAAAUUGGGUAAAGAUAUUGUUCUGAUAAAAAAAACUACUGAAAGCCUUUAAACUGCCCCAUUUUUAACAGGUGGUUUCAAAACUUUUCGAAACUAGCUCUAUUUACACAGUAAGUUCUUACCUUAUCACCUUAUUCACGCCGGAUCUCCGCAGCGGUGUCAAAACAGCGACCUUGUAGUCGAAUCUUCAUCUUCGGGAAGAGGGCAAAGUCCGCAGGAGCUAAAUCUGGCGAGCAGGGUGGGUGCGGAUGUGAGAUCGUGUGGAUUGUUCUCCGCUUAUCAUCAUGCACAAGUUGCUGAAUGGUUUCGACAUUUUCAGGGGUUGAGAUCAUUGAAAGGUUUUCCUGAUUUCUCGUCGUCUUCCAGCGACGUUCUUCCGCUCUUGAAGCACGUGAAACACCUCGAACGACUCGUCACAGCGUCGCCGUAUGUCAAGCGUACGUCACCUUAAACGUCUCUGUGGAGUUGCACAGUUAUAUGCAGAAUUUUACGUUUGCUCUUUGUUCUAACUCGCUGUCCAUGAGGAAAUCGCAGACGUGGUCCAAAUAGCACCAAUUACAAGAGUAGUCUCGAAACCUUUUGAUACCACCUCGUAAAAGACUACAAAGAAAUAAAAAAAAAAGAUAAUAUUGAUUGUCCCUCAUAUGACCAUCAAACCAUCAAGCUUGUACGGAAUUUCUGGCUGGCCAGGUUUCCUCCUCUGUCAUAAACAUGGACAGUUUUCUUCACCACUAGUGGGAUGUUUCAUGGGAUGACAUAAAUUUAGCCAAAUGUGGGUAUUUAAUAUGUUGGGGGGAGAACAGAAAGCUUUAUAAGAAGAAAUCAGUGUUUAUUUCUAUUGUUUGUUUGUGUUUUUGUUUUUUAAUGAAAUCCUAAUGCCACUUUUUUUUUUUUAUCAUUCUAACACAUUUGUUUUCAGAUAUUAAGCCUUAAUCAUUCUUGGUUUGUGGGCGUGGCUUGUAAGUUUGAAUGAGAUCAAUGUGAUUAGCAUGCUACGUCCUCGGUUUCAUGCUAGCUUCGUUCUCGGAUUUGAUUAGCAAAGCAGUUUGACCGUACCAGCUCCACGCUCACCAAAGAUUUCUAAUACUUUCUUUUCUUCUACACAUUAUUUAAAUUUGUAACAAUUCUGUAUUGUUUAAUGAGCGGUUGUUCGAUAUUAUGAUGAUAAUAUCACGAUUUUCUGACGAUACCCUACACGAUAUUCGGUUAGAAACUGCCUGUAAUACCGCAAAAAAAAAAUUAUAAACUGCCUCAUCAGUUAUAUAAUGUGACAAAAAUUCUUUAACUUUUUCAUAAUUAAAAAUACCGUUUAAAGAAUAGAUAAUAAAUUAGUAAUUGUUUUUUUUUUUUUUUUAAAGAUUGAUUACCUACGUAAUUUUAAAUGCUUCCAGUUUACAAAGUUAAUAAAAAAUAAAUAAAUAAAUUAAGAAUGUUUUUAUAGAAAUAUUACACAUCCACACUGUGGCCAAAAGUAUUAGGACACCCGGGUUUUUCCACCCGUAUGUGCUUCUUCUCCAAACUGUUACCACAACAGUUAGAGGUAAACAGUUAUUUAUGACAUGUUUGAAUGCAUGAGAAUAAAAAUAACCCCAAACCUGUUCCAGCAUGACGUGCACAAAAUCCAGCUCCGUGAAGAUACGUAGGGUUGGAGUGGAAGAUCUCCUGCUAUUGAGCUCCCAACACUAGUGAACACCUUUAGAAUGAACCCAGGUCUCCUCAUCUCACCUACAUCAGUACCUGAUUUUACUAACACCCUUGUGGCUGAAUGAAUCUCCAGAAAAUCUCCACAAAAUCUAGUGAAACAUCUUCCCAGAAAAGAAGAUGAAGAUUAUUAUAAGAUCAAUAGGAGACUAAAUAUAAAAUAGGAUGUUCAAAAAUGAUCAGUUGUCCAAAAACUUUUUGUCCUAUUUUGUUAGAAAUUCAAUUGUGAGUGUGUAAUUAAACAUUUAAUGUCAUUGCUUAUUGCUUAUUGGAUUUGUACCUAAUUCACUUGCUAGUGUGAACUAAUGAAAAGGUGCUUUUUGUGCUUUGGGCAUUUGAAGGGAAUUAAGGCCUACCACAUGGAUAAAAAAAAGGGUCAAUUGAUUCGAAACUAAAAACAGGGAAGUGUAAUAUAUACUUUAGUGUUCAUUUUCUUCUUGAGUUUAAUGACACUGAUGUCUUCUGAUGUUUUGCUUCUGUGCAAGUUUUUUUUUUUGUGUAUUUUUUUUAACAGAAUUUCACUUACACACUAAUCAGACUGUUUGAUUAUAGGAUUAGCUUUGCUUUACUGACACCAGUAACAUGAAAAUCAUAUUUAGACACCCUGAUUCUAAUAUUGUCAUUAUUUCAUUUUUUUUCUUCCAACUGUCUGGAGCGAGGGCUCAUUUUCGCAUACAGUAGCCGAUCGAGCUGUCGUCUAGAGCACGAGAAGUAAUGAUGAUAACAAACCGCCUUGUAAUUACAGCUUGUGAAACCUGUUUUGUCGUUUAUGGUGCCAAAGUAAAACUUGUACCAUUAUGUGUUGAAAUGAUGUAUCGUGAUGCAUUAACGAGUAAAGGUUUGCUGUUAAGAUGUAAA